AUGGAAGGUGCCUCUAGCGGGGCGGUACCAAAUGGACUGACGCCUUGGUGGGUUCUGGGGGUAUUGACCUUUUCCUACACAUCUCCCAACCGUCUAUCACACGACUCCUCAUACGAGGAUGCGAGUCUGGCUUUGGCCAGAGUUGUGGGCAAGAGUAUCUGGCCUUACGGCUGGGGUGGAUUUGUCGUUGGGGCCGGCCUAUCAUCUCAUAGAAUUGGUGCUCGUUUUGCCCGUCCCAACUGUCGAUCACACGACUCCUCAUACAAGGAACCGAGUCUGGCUUUGGCCAGAGUUGUGGGCAAGAGUAUCUGGCCUUAUGGCUGGGGUGGAGUUGUCGUUGGGACCGUCCUAUAUCAUUUUACAGAACUGGUGCUCGUUUUGCCAGUCCCAACCGUCCAUCACACGAAUCCUCAUACGAGGAUGCGAGUCUGGCUUUGGCCAGAGUUGUGGGCAAGAGUAUCUGGCCUUAAGGCUGGGGUGGAGUUGUCGUUGGGGCCGUCCUAUCAUCUCGUAGAAUUGGUGCUUGUUUUGCCAGUCCCAACCGUCCAUCACACGACUCCUCAUACGAGGAACCGAGUCUGGCUUUGGCCAGAGUUGUGGGCAAGAGUAUCUGGCCUUAAGGCUGGGGUGGAGUUGUCGUUGGGGCCGUCCUAUCAUCUCGUAGAAUUGGUGCUUGUUUUGCCAGUCCCAACCGUCCAUCACACGACUCCUCAUACGAGGAACCGAGUCUGGCUUUGGCCAGAGUUGUGGGCAAGAGUAUCUGGCCUUAAGGCUGGGGUGGAGUUGUCGUUGGGGCCGUCCUAUCAUCUCGUAGAAUUGGUGCUUGUUUUGCCAGUCCCAACCGUCCAUCACACGACUCCUCAUACGAGGAACCGAGUCUGGCUUUGGCCAGAGUUGUGUCCCAACCGUUCAUCACGCGACUCCUCAUACGAGGAACCGAGUCUGGCUUUGGCCAGAGUUGUGGUAGGCGGGGCGGCUCUCCCUCUGUUCUUUACAGGGCAAGAGUAUCUGGCCUUAUGGCUGGGGUGGAGUUGUCGUUUGGGGCCGGCCUAUAUCAUUUUACAGAACUGGUGCUCGUUUUGCCAGUCCCACCGUCCAUCACACGAAUCCUCAUAUGAGGAUGCUAGUCUGGCUUUGGCCAGAGUUGUGACAAGCGGGGCGGCUCUCCCUAUGGACUGGACAGGGCAGAGUAUUGUAUCUGGCCCUAAGGCUGAGGUUGUUGUCUUCUUUCACCAAGUCUCAGCAGUCAAGCGCAUGGCUGCUGCCCUUGAAGCCUUCAUAACUAACUGUCCUGCACAGUGGAUUGCCGGACCACAUCAAUAA